AUGAAUUCAAACGUCAUACAGAAGGAUAUUGUGGAGGUGAUUGCCAACUUGCAAAAUCAUUGGAAUAUACUGGAGGAGGAAUUGAUCGAAAUUAAUAAGGACAUUCAAUACAUGACUCAUUGCUUAAAAAAGUACGGAGAGAGUUUCCGAAUCCCGCUCGGACAUUUGCAAGACUUGAAAGUUUACAAGAAAAACGCAAUGAGAGACAUCAUUGCGACAAUGGAAAGUUUUUCUACCAAUCUCAAUGGAGGACGAGUUCUUUCAAACACCCUUUCUCAACAUAUUGCCACUUCUGAUUUUGUCAACAGCGUGGGCCGAAGUUGGAGCACAUCAUCAUCACUCGUGAACCCUCAAGCACAAUAUGCAGGUAUGGUGAGCAGAGGAGAGGUGGUCACAAUGACGACCAAGAAAAAACCCAACACGCCUGUCCAUUACAAGCUCAUCACCAAAAAACCUCAAGGCCAAGCUACACUGUAA